AUGAGUGAAAUAUGUCAAAUUAUCCCAUCUCAAAAAGGAAAUGCCAAAAUAUGUGUCAAGGGAUAUUUAAUGACAAAAGACAAGAAUCGAGAGGACAUAUAUUAUUGGUGCUGCGAAAAAAGAAAACUAAUGGCCUGCACAGGACGUGCAACCACUAUACUUAUCAACAAAAAACAUUUAUUACGUAAAUGUUCUGAUCAUAAUCACGCACCUGAAGCAGCUAGGGUUGAUGUAUGUACUACUCUUAGCCAUUUAAAAGAUCAAGCACGAAAUACCAAUGACCAACCCUGCCAAAUUAUUCAAAGUUGCGUUACAAAUAUGCCAAGUACUGCUCAUCCAUACAUGCCGAAUAGAAAUGCUCUACGGCAACAAAUAAAGCGUGUUAGAAGGGAAAAUACGCCAUCGCAACCUCAAUCAUUAGAAGAUCUAACAAUUCCCGAUUCACUGAGAACUAUAAUUGGCGGGGAGUUAUUUUUAAUUAAAGAUUCAACCAUUAAUGAUGAAAAACUUCUACUAUUUUGUACUAAAAAUAAUGUUCAACGGCUGUCGUAUGCUCGUUAUUUAAUUAUGGAUGGUACGUUUUGGACAGUCCCGACAAUAUUUAGACAGCUAUAUACCAUACACGCACCUGUAGGAGGAGACAAUUUUCGAGUUUUGCCACUAGCAUAUGCUUUAAUGUCAUCAAAAUCUGAAACCCUGUAUAUACGUCUUUUUCAAGACUUAAUUGAUUUUUGCGAAGAUAAUGGCGGGCAACUAAAUCCAUAUUGGAUAAUGACAGAUUUUGAACAGGCGGCAAUAAAGGCAUCAAAAGCUGAGUUUCCUAACGUGAAAAACAAGGCAUGUUUUUUUCAUUUAUCUCAAAGUACUUGGAGAAAAAUUCAAUCAUCUGGCUUGGUGAAUUUAUAUGGUACAAACGAAGAGUUUAGUUUAAAAAUAAGACAAAUGCUUGCCCUGGCUUUUAUUCCAUCUGAAAAUAUACCUGCAGCAUUUGAUGAACUUAAAGCGACAUUUCCUCCUGAAGCUGAAGAAGUUGUCCAAUGGUUUGAAGACAAUUAUGUACAUGGCCGGAUUUGUCGCCGAAACCAAAGAAAUGGUAAUAUUAUACGCACAGACCCACUUUUUCCGCCCAAACUUUGGUCUGUGUCAGAAUUAAUGGACCACGGAAUUCCUAGGACACAAAAUAUUGUCGAAGCUUGGCAUCGACGUUGGUCAACUUUGGUUGGUAAACCUCAUGUUGGAGUCUAUACAAUGAUAGAGGAGCUUCAGAAAGAACAACAACGAGUUGACUUGGAAAUUGAAUGCAUUAAUCGUGGAGAACCAAAACCGAAACAGAAAAAACAAAUAAUUGACAGAGAGAAAAGAAUAAUGACGGUAUAUAAAGAUAUAUCAAAUAGGAGUGUCUUAGAAUUUUUACGGGGUUUGGCUCAUAAUAUAUCGAUGUAG